UGAGACGGGGAGAUGAUACCUCCUGAUCUUAGUCACUGUCUCUUAUAAGCUAUGUAUUAAUCACCCUGUUGUAAAUGACAGGUAUCCUGGUGAGAUGCGGGUCCUAGCGGCUCUUCUGCUCUGUGGGGUGUUUGGGGCCACACGUGCGGGCUCCUACUGCGUGGCGAAAGGGAAGAAUAUUGCCCCGGAGGGUAAGGCCAGCCAGAUCUCAGUGUAUCAUGCAUAUGGAAAUGCUCUUAAUGCUAUUGAUGGGAAUCGGGACGGAACAUACAGCAGGAAAUCUUGUAUUUUAACAAGAAGUGAGAAUAUUCCAUGGUGGAGAGUAGAUCUUCAUACGCCGCGGAAGGUCGGAGCUGUGGUUGUCGUUAACAGGAAUGAUAGUGGCUGGAACCGUCUCUUGGGAGCGGAGGUUCGCGUUGGAAAUGAACCACGUAACCAAAACCCAGUGUGCGGAACUAUAUCUGAGGUGGAACCUGGGUCGGUCACCACAUUGUGCUGCGAUGGAAUGGUCGGCCGCUAUGUCAGUGUGGUCAUCCCUGACCGGGACGAUAUAUUAAAUUUGUGUGAGGUGGAGAUCUAUCCGGAGGGGACCCAGAAGCCUUGUGUGUAACUACUGGAGAUCGCACAAUAAAUCACUAGAUGAUAACUACAAAUGUAACAAACGCUGUAAAGUAAUCCGCAAAGUAUAAAAUGAUUCCAUGUUUCUUCCAUUCAUCCGGCAGUAUCUGAAUCGCGCAGUAAAUUAAUCAUCUGUAUGCCACGUGCAAUAGCCAUUAAAUGAUUUAUAGUCAGCA